AUGUGUUUAAUUAGAACGAAAUCUAAAGAUUAUUUGACGGUACUUGUUAUUGGUUAUUCCGAAAGACGAAAUUCUGGAAUUGUCUUUACUACAAAGAGAAAAUAUUUUUUACUCAGAGCUACUAAUGGGAAUGAUCUAAUCGGAUUGCGCCAUAGAGCUACACAGAAAAAUUUACAGGAUGUGAAUUUUGCGCCGGAUAACUCUUAUUCUUUCUGUAGCAUUGCUUCUCCUACGGUUAUAUGGACUGACACAAGCUUUUAUGUCCGAUUUGACUUUCCAGUUGAACAUUUCGGUUGCUGA